AUGGGUUCUGCAGUUGAAAAUGUCCUUACCUUAGACACUCUCAACCCUAAUGUCAUUGAACUCCAAUAUGCUGUGAGAGGUCCAAUAGUCAUUAGAGCUACACAGAUUGAAGACGAAUUGUUAGCCGGAGAGAAAAAGCCUUUUCCCAAGGUGGUCAAAGCCAAUAUAGGUGAUUGUCAUGCAACAGGACAAAAACCUAUUACAUUUAUUCGCCAAGUUCUUGCCCUAUGCACCUACCCUGAAUUGUUGAAGAGCAAUGAUUUUCCCGCUGAUACUAAGGAAAAGGCAAAGAGGUUGCUUGAUGGCUGUAAAGGUCACAGCCUAGGAUCCUACUCUGAUAGCUGCGGGCUUAAUGUCAUUAGAAAAGAUGUUGCGGCCUUUAUCGAAGAAAGGGAUGGCCAUCCCUCUGAUUUCAAUGAUAUUGUUUUGAGCACCGGUGCGGGCGAUGCAAUCAAGUCUGUGAUGACCCUGCUGCUCACAGCCAAAGAUGGUGUCAACAAAGCUGGGUUCAUGAUUCCCAUUCCCCAGUACCCACUUUAUUCUGCAGCUAUUUCUGAGUUUGGUGCUCACCCUAUUCCUUACUACCUCAAUGAGAAGGCCAGUUGGUCUCUAGACGUGAGUGAGUUGGAGCGGGCUAUU